AUGGGGUGGGUCGUGUCAAGAGUGUUCUGGUAUGUGUUCUGCCAUUAUCUGAAGCCAUUAGCACAUUGGGCUUUUGUGAAAGAUCGGGCGUAUGAUACCGCUGAAUUCCAAUAUAAGCCGCCAAGUGCAGUAAUCAAAGAAAGGUUCUACAAUUCCUUGAAGAAAGGGAAAGAAAUGUUGAACAUAGAUUUGGAAUCCGUGGCUAAACAAGUGUUGCUGUCUGUUGAUGAAGUUUCGAUGCAGGUAGAACAUCUAAAGGGAAUUAUGGAACGGAGGAAAAUGGGAGCUCAGAAGGCUACCUUAACCAGAAAGAACAAGAAGGCAGUUCGUAAGUGUUAAAGUAUCUGAAUAUUGCGCUUGAAACAAGUCGCAUAUUCAUAAUGACUGUUUUUAUGCUUAAGAUGAACUAUCCGCCUGGACAAACUUAGGCAGACCUUAGUUGGAUGCAGUUUGACAGUAUAAUUUCUUACGAAACGAAACAAUAGCAGCUAGUUCCAAAGACAAACUAAGCGACAAACUAACGAUCUUCGCAAAUUCGUCCAGACGAAUAGUUCGUGCAUGGCAUAAACAUAAAAACGACCAAUGACGUAUUUUAAUAUUUUAAUAUAGAACGUAAUACAGAUGUCCCUCAGCCAGAUGUCCCUGUCUCAGAUGUCCCUGUGCCAGAUUUCCCUGGCUCAGAUGUCCCUGUCUCAGAUGUCCCUGUCUCAGAUCUCCCUGUCUCAGAUCUCCCUGUCUCAGAUGUCCCUGUCUCAGAUGUCCCUGUCUCAGAUGUCCCUCUCUCAGAUGUCCCUCUCUCAGAUAUUCCUGUCUCAGAUGUCCCUGUCUCAGAUGUCCCUGUCUCAGAUGUCUGUCUCAGAUGUCCCUGUCUCAGAUGUGUGGUGUUGGUGUCAAGACAAAGAAUAUAG